CCCAAUCGACAUCUGUGAUUUUAUGGUUAUAAAUUUUGUAAGUGGAAGACAUUUUUGUCGGAGUGAAUUCGCUUUAUUCAAAAAAGGCACUCAGAAUGGCGCAAAAACUCGGGGAAUUCAGAGACCGAUUGAGCCGGUCGCUGCGUGACACGAACAAACCGUGGACGGGACUCCUCGCCCAAGCCGAACAAAAAACCGGGGUGGAUAGACUUUACUUAUUCAUAGGUGGUAUCGCCGUGGUCAGUUUGUGGUUGGUGUUUGGUUAUGCGGCACAGUUGGUGUGCAAUACAGUGGGAUUUAUAUAUCCCGCGUAUAUUUCGAUUCACGCGAUAGAAUCUCGUUCUAAAGAUGACGAUACAAAAUGGCUUACCUACUGGGUUGUGUUUGCUUUAUUCUCCGUAGUCGAAUACUUUGCGGACUUUAUCGUAGGCUGGUUUCCCUUGUAUUGGUUGAUAAAGGGCAUAUUUUUGGUGUGGCUGAUGAUUCCCACAGAAUUUAACGGAUCUCUGGUCAUUUACAAGAGAAUCAUCAGACCGUAUUUCUUAAAACAUCAUUCUACAAUUGAUGAUACUCUGAAUAAAGUGAAGGAGCAAGCGCACAAGAUUGUCGACAAGAAAGAAUAAGCUUUCGAGUUUGCAACUUGCUUGGAGUUAUUGGAGUGUUUUUCUCAAACUUUUGCCUUUUACUAUUAAAUAAAAACCAUUUUAAUGUUUUGCGAGUGUUUAUUUUUAUACAUGUCUUGUAGGCCUUUGAAUUUUGUAGGUAGCUUCUUGAAAGGUUUGUCAUUUAGAUUGUGAUGGUUUGAAUCAUGUAUUAAAUAUAUUGUUGUAUCUUA